UUCCCAGAAGCAGUUAGCUAGUUAUCUGCCGUGCGACUUGGGGAGAAACGGGACAGAGACUAACCAAAAGCCCCAAGGUAGAUUUGUAUAAGUUGUCUGUUGAACUACAGGGCGGCCUGAGCACUCAUACAACUACUCGGGGCCAGACAUUUUACGGGUUGUGUUCCUACCGGCAAGCUAACUAGCUGUCUGGCUAGCAAGCUAGCUAGCUAAUGCUAUGAGACAUUGAUAGCCAACAUUACGCAGCUAGUUGCCUGUAAACAGACACUAGCAACAAUUUCCACAGUUAUAGGGGCCGAAUGAAUUGUUUCACAUUAUUUGUUUUUCUAGCAAGGAUGCCGGUGUAGAUAAGAAAAACAGUAGCGUUAGAAGCGAGUGACUUUCUCUUUGCCAGGUUGCUCGCCAGAAAGCUACCUAGCUUCCUAGCUACUUAACAUAGCUGGCGCGGUCUACCAGCGGGGAACAAUUCCUAACGUUACCUUGCUGAGCUGUAGAAAAUAAAGCACUUAACGCUUGCUAUUUUGUGAACAAACUGUAAUAACGCAACCAAGUAGCUAAUUUAGCCAUCCAAUUUCAUACCGAAGCAACAGAGAAGGGGUAUUUGUAAAAGUCUCCAACAGGUACCUUUGUCUUUUGACACAAGCCAUAUAUUUGUUUUGGCCUUCUGCACCAGCAAUGGACAAGGGUGACUGUGUAGAAGAGAAGGAAAAUGGAGAUGCUGUAACAGAGCUGAUUAAGGAGGUGACAUCCCCUUACAGGUACACCAAGGAGGAGCUUUUGGAAAUAAAGGAGUACCCAUGCUCCAAUGAAAGACCAGAAUGUCUCUCUGAGAAAUAUGACAGUGAUGGUGUGUGGGAUCCUGAGAAAUGGCACGCUUCAUUGUACCCCAGCUCAGAGCGAAGCUCCCCUGUGGAGGGGUGUAAAAAAGAAUACCCAGAUGAGAGGGUGCCCUUGAAACGCAGGAUUGCAGACCCCCGAGAGCGGCUGAAGGAGGAUGACCUUGAUGUGGUGCUCAGUCCUCAGCGCCGUAGUUUUGGAGGGGGCUGCCAGGGUAGUGUGGUGCCUGUCCUUCCUGCCCGCCAGGCUGGAAGCCCCUUGGAGAACAAGGAAAACGAGUCCCUGCGGCUGGGUGGGGCAAGGCGAAUAGGGAGCGGUCGCAUCAUUGCAGGACGAGGCUUUGAGAGGGAUGCACGCGGAGAUAAGGAUGUCCGGGAGAGGGACCGGGAACGAGACUUCAAGGAUAAGAGAUUCAGAAGGGACUUCGGAGAUAAGAGAGUCUUCAGCGAGAGGAGAAGGAAUGACUCUUACGCUGAGGAGGAGCCUGAGUGGUUUUCAGGGGGUCCCACUAGCCAGUCGGAGACUAUCGAGCUCAUUGGCUUUGACGACAAAAUCCUCGAGGAGGAUAAGCGACGGACAAAACGCUCAAGGAAGCGAUCAGAGUCAGUGAAAGAAGCAAUAGAGUGUAACGGUGGACUGGCCGAGGAACCAGAGCUCAGCAGGCAGACUGCAGUAGAUCAGGAAGUUCCACAAGGUGAAGUGCUUCCAGAGUCUGCAGCUGGGGACUUUGACUUCAAUGAGUUCUUCAACCUGGAGAAGACCAUGCCUGGUUUGGCCUCGAUGAUUGAGGAUGUUCUGGGUGAGGGGCCAGUUUCAGCCAGUCGUUUCAGCCGCUGGUUCUCGAGCAACGCAAGCCCAUCUGGGAGCCGCUCAAGCAGCCUGCGCUCCACACCUCACGAGGAGCUGGAGAGACUGGCAGGCCUGGACCCACGCUCUAUUUCCCCCAGUCACAGUCUGGCCCCCUACUUCACUCCCAUCCAGUCUGUGGAGCGGAAGGAUAAAGUGGACAUCUUAGAACUGCUGCACAAGGCGAAGAUCGACCUCAAGCCCCUCCUGUCUAGCCUGUCGGUCAACAAAGAACGGCUGCGUGAGAGCUCUCACUCUGGUGUAGUUCUCUCUCUGGAGGAGGUGGAGGUGGGGCUGAAGGGUCUGAAAGUGGAGGCGGAGCAGGAGCAGCAUGGAGGGGGCACACCUUUCAUGGCGGAACACCUUGAGGAGGCUCUGACGGGCAGGGGCAGUUCGGGCCCUCACCCCCGCGAUUCUGACAUGUCCGCUUUCAACAAGCUGGUCAACACCAUGAAGGCAAGUGGCACGCUGCCCAUCCACCCGAAAGCCAGCCAGCAACAGCCUCCACACAGUCCACUAGUACCUCUGUCUGAAGCACAAGUACCCUCAGCUCAGCAGAAGAACAUCUUGCAGGAGAUUCUUGGGCCCCAGGGCCCACCCCGUGUGGCCUCCCCUGCUCUUCUUGGCACCCUGCUGGGUAACACCGACCCUGGCCCUGGCCUGUUGAGACAGAGAGGCCCCUCUCCCCCACUUUUUCCCCAGAGGGCACCAUCCCCUGAGUACUUUCCUGGACGCUUGCAGUCUGCAGCCGUAUUCCCUGUUGGCCCUCAGCCCAUGCUUGGAGAGCAGUUUCCAGAGAUACACAGACCCUUGAGUCCCGGACCCACCCCUCAGCAGAUAAGGACACACUCUUUAGGGGUGGACCAAGCUGCCUUAGAAGCUUUGGCCUUUCAGCAGGAUCUUGCUCUUCAUGCCCGUCAGGCCUACCAACCAGGCUUCAACAAAGUGGCCCAGGAUAAGCUCUAUCGGAACAGCAAGACGAGCCCUGAAAAUCCUGUUUCACAAAGCAGACAGCCCAGGAUGAACAGGUCACCUGGCCCUGGUGGCCAUCGGGCUGACAGCGGCUCCCCUGGCAACACAGUCACCAGCAUGCUGUCGCCAUCCUUCACACCCACAUCUGUAAUCCGGAAGAUGUACGAGACAAAGGAGAAGAGUCGUGAUGAAACUGGUGGUCGUACAGACAGCAAAGAGGAAAUGGCGCGCUCACAGGAAGAGAGCAGUAGCUCCCCCUGUUCUUUCCUGGAGGGGGUGGAUGGCAACGGCUCACCAGCAGGAGGCAUGAAGACUAGCUUUCCUCGCUCCUCCUGCUCCACUCCCCUUUCUGGCCAGGCCCGCCACUCGAAGGAUCCGGAUCGACCAAGACCAAGCUCUUCCGGGCACCACACCCCCACGCUGGUGUCCCCUGGGUCAGCAUCACCCUUCCCCCGGCCCAUCUACCCCGUUCCGCUGCUGUCUCAUGUGCCUCUGGUACGCCCUGCACCACCCCAGCUCCACCCCAGCAUAAUGCAGAGGAUGAUGGCCCAAGGCCUCCAGCCCCAGCAGCUGCCCCCGGCCCUGCUGCAGGCAGGCCUAUUUCCACAGGGAAUGGACCUUUCUCAGCUACAAGGCCUGCCCCCUGCCCUUCUAGGACAGCCCUUCUACCCAAUUGGAGCUCCAGGACACCCUCUUCUGCCCCCCCGUGCUGGUACCCCCAUGCAGCUUGCAGUCAUGCAACAGCAACUGCAACAGAGACCAAUGGUGCACACAUCUGUCCCUGGCCCUCCCAGCACGCUGUCACAGAGCCACGGCCCACAUCGGACGACCGUUUCUCAGCGACGGGGAGGCAGCCCCCCCUUGGGCCUGGCCAAGUGGUUUGGCUCAGAUGUGCUACAGCAGCCCCUCCCCUCCAUGCCAGCCAAGGUCAUCAGUGUGGAUGAACUGGAGUUCCGUCAGUGAGGCUCCACAAACGGAACAUGAAACAAAGCAAGACAUGGGCAGUUAUUUUCUUUUUGUAGUGUGCAACAAUGUGAAUUUUAUUUUAUAAAAGACAAAUGUACAGAUUGUGGAGCACUCGGUCUGUUUCCGUUCUCCGUGUUAAAUCUGGAGAAGUCAAUGCUAGGUAGUUUUGAAAGGCCUAAAAAAUACUGAAGAAAAAGGGAAAGGCAAGUGCUGGAAGGUUGUUUUUUGUGUGUUUGUUUUUUUUUUUUUCUUUCCCCCGGUUUUUUCAGGUUAUAUAGUUGCAGUUUUGUAUUGGGUAUGUGUGGGGGGGUUUUGUAUUCAGUUUUUUGCAGUAAAUAUGAAGAAAAUAAUGUAUAGGCCCAAACUGUACAGACUGUGGGAAUAGACCUUUUUUCAUUCUGUACAUAAAAGUAUAAUUUUCUUUUUCUCUUGAUGUGGGAAAUGCCAUCCUGCUAUAAAGAGUACUGCUCGGGACAGUGGAGCAAAACAGCCAAAUAAGUGUGGAGACUUGGUCCAAUCCAGUCAUGAUUAGUAAUGUAUUUUUUCCUGAUGGAUUUCAUCUCCUGCACUGAGACACAGUGAGCCAGUAACUGUGAUUGACUUGUAGAUGCAUUGAACAGAAGUGUUUUUGUUUGUUUUUUUUUUGUUUUUUUCCCUUGACCUGGCUUUUCUCCAAAGACAUCAUCCUUUUACUCCUGUCCACCCCCCUUAAAUGUCUGUCUUAAGAGGUUGUAUGGAGAUCCGGGCCUGUUAUGUGGCUGCAGCACCUUGAUUCUGACAAUGAGUGAGCUGUUGAGAGGACUGGAUGAUGUCACUGUCCUCGAGGGACAGCAGAGGGAAAA